ACUGUUGUUCAAACACGCAGUCUCACUUGCUCACCUACUCCAAGUCAAUGUGGUAAGUACACUUUUACCUAUUAACCUAUUUAUUAGAUUAUAUAAGCACCACCACACAUGCAUUUUUACCAACACAAGCCAGCCAAGCUAGCACACAACAUGCAAGCCAAACUUGACCGAAGCCGCCACUGAUGGACGCCAUGGAGCUCAACCUCCUCCUCCUCUUGGUGGCGCUCUCCGCCGCGUAUGUCUACUACACGACGAGGCGCCGUCGGUCGCCGCAGCGGUUGCCUCCGGCGCCGCCGGGGUGGCCCGUCAUCGGGCACCUCCACCUGCUUUCCGAGAUGCCCCACCACACUAUGGCGGAGCUGGCACGGGCCAUGAAGGCGCCUCUGCUCCGCCUCCGGCUGGGCAGCGUUCCUGCCGUGGUGAUCUCCAAGCCGGAGCUGGCUCGCGCCGCGCUGACCACCAACGACCCGGCGCUGGCGUCGCGGCCGCACCUCCUGUCGGGCCACUUCCUGUCCUUCGGGUGCUCCGACGUGACCUUCGCGCCGGCGGGUCCCUACCACCGCAUGGCGCGUCGGGUGGUGGUCUCCGAGCUGCUCUCUGCGCGCCGCGUCGCCACCUACGGCGCCGUCCGGGUCAAGGAGCUCCGCCGCCUCCUGGCGCACCUCACCAAGGACAACACCUCCCCGGACCGGCCCGUGGACCUGAGCGAGUGCUUCCUCAACCUGGCCAACGACGUGCUCUGCCGCGUCGCGUUCGGGCGCCGGUUCCCGCACGGCGACGGCGACAAGCUCGGCGCCGUCCUCGCCGAGGCGCAGGACCUCUUCGCCGGGUUCACCAUCGGCGACUUCUUCCCGGAGCUCGAGCCCGUCGCCAGCACCGUCACCGGCCUCCGCCGCCGCCUCAAGCGCUGCCUCGCCGACCUCCGCGCGGUCUGCGACGAGAUCGUGGACGAGCACAUCAGCGGCAAGCGCCAGCGCAUCCCCGGCGACCGUGACGAGGACUUCGUUGACGUGCUGCUCCGAGUCCAGAAGUCACCGGAACUGGAGGUCCCACUCACCGACGACAACCUCAAGGCGCUCGUCCUGGACAUGUUCGUCGCCGGCACCGACACGACGUUCGCGACGCUGGAGUGGGUGAUGACGGAGCUGGUCCGGCACCCGCGCGUCCUGAGGAAGGCGCAGGAGGAGGUGCGGCGCGUCGUCGGUGGCAAGGGACGCGUGGAGGAGGCGGACGUCGGCGAGCUCCACUACAUGCGCGCCAUCAUCAAGGAGACCUUCCGGCUGCACCCGGCGGUGCCGCUGCUGGUGCCGCGGGAGUCGGUGGCGCCCUGCACGCUGGGCGGCUACGACAUCCCGGCCAAGACCCGCGUCUUCAUCAACACCUUCGCCAUGGGCCGGGACCCGGAGAUCUGGGACAGCCCGCUGGAGUACCUGCCGGAGCGGUUCGAGAACGGCGGCGGCGAGAUCGACCUCAAGGACCCGGACUACAAGCUGCUGCCGUUCGGCGGCGGCCGGAGGGGGUGCCCCGGGUACACCUUCGCGCUGGCCACCGUGCAGGUGUCGCUGGCCAGCCUGCUGUACCACUUCGAGUGGGCGCUGCCGCCCGGCGUCGCUGCCGAGGACGUCAACCUCGACGAGUGCUUCGGCCUCGCCACCAGGAAGAAGGAGCCGCUCCUCGUCGUGGUCAGGAAGAGCGACGACUACGAAUUCAAGGGGGAGGAGCUUAAUGAGGUUUAAUAAUUAUAAGUGCAGUUAGAUUCAUAUGUAUAAUAAGUCUUGGCGUCUUGGUUCCAAAUAAAGUUUUAGGUAAUAUUGAUGAUUAUUUAUUAACUUUUAUUUAUUAUAUUAUAGAGCAAGUAGCUAGUAAUGUUCACUAGCUCCUGGGGCGCUAAAAGAUAACAUUAUAUUAAUUUUUAUUUCUUUUUAUAACCAUUGCGGUUUUACGGAAAAUAAAAAGGUGUAUUAUAUUUGAGUAUUAAUAUAACAACAUUUGAAGUGGAA